AUGUGGAAGAAACUCAAUAACUCCUUUGGGUCCGGUCCCAAGGAGGAGUCGAAAAACGACCAAGACCUAACAACAAUUCUAAGUCGACCACAGCGGGCGGACCUUACAGUUCUCGUCGCUGAGAUAACACAGCGCAUGAGGAGCUUGGUUGAAGAGACUUUCAAAGCGCCAGCUGAACAACACCCAAAAUCUUCCGCACCCAGCCAGCUGAUUGAUCUGGGCGAGGGAGAUAGUGGCCCACCACCUCCAAGUACGAAGGAAUCAAAGAGAUCAGAAGACGACCAUGUCCGCACAGAAUACGUUCCAACGGCCGAAGAUUUCAAAGCUGAAGCGAAUCUUCUGACCCAAUUCGACGACUGGAGAGACACCGUUCUUCUCCGGAUCGGUGAGGUUGUCAAUCGAGAUGUGGAAGACCGGGAUGAAGAAGCGAGCUCCGAACGACGGGAUGAGGAACGACCUCGAAGCUCGUAUGACGACGAUGAUGAUCCCUCUUGGAGCCGACUUUCCGAAGUUUAUCAUCCGGUAGAAACACCAUUGAUCCGCCUCCCCAAGCCCAAGAAGUUGUUGAUCUUGCACUCUCUACUAUUGUUAAUGCUUAGUUUGGAACAUUACAGUGCCAACUCUCGGGUUUUGAUGAUGUACGCCGCUUCCAGCUUAGGCUUGGGUGUUAAGACUUUGAACCAAGACGAAGUCAAGGUGUCGCGAGGACUACUGGACGCCGCUCUUCAAAUGCCAGCGAAUGCCGACGCUCAGAGUAAAGGUAGAGAAAGUGACCCAUCAAGAAAAUGGAAAGUCGGUAUUGCAUCCGUCGCUGGAGCCGUAUUGAUUGGUGUUACUGGUGGACUGGCGGCGCCUUUUAUUGCAGCUGGUCUAGGAACAGUAAUGGGUGGGCUUGGCUUGGGAGCCACUGCUGCUGCCGGUUACCUUGGUGCUGUUGCAGGCAGCGGGGUCAUCGUUGGUGGUCUUUUUGGGGCUUAUGGUGGGCGUAUGACAGGACGCAUGGUGGACAAAUAUGCCCGUGAGGUGGACGAUUUCGCCUUCUUGCCUAUUCAUGGUUCUCGACAUCGAUUUGAUGACGAAAAGGAAGCAGCCCAGGAGGAUCAUCGCCUUCGAGUUACGAUUGGCAUUACGGGAUGGCUAACAGAAGAAGACAACUUUGUCGUUCCCUGGCGUGUUAUCGGCAAGGAUUCUGAAGUAUUCGGCCUUCGCUGGGAAACAAAACCCCUUUUGAAUCUUGGAAAUGCCAUAGAUUCCUUGGUUACUUCCGCAGCCUGGGCGGCUGGCCGCCAGGUCUUAACCAAAACAAUCUUUGCUGGCCUUUUGAGUGCGCUAGUCUUGCCCGUGGGCCUUAUGAAAGUCGCCGGCAUUGCCGACAACCCUUUCAGCGUUGCCAAGGCUCGAUCUGACAAGGCGGGUGAAGUUCUUGCCGACGCCCUGAUUAGCAAGGUACAAGGCGAAAGACCUGUUACACUUAUUGGGUACUCUUUGGGAUCCCGCGUCAUCUACUCAUGCCUUCAGACUUUAGCCAAAAGACAUGCAUAUGGACUGGUUGAGACAGCAAUUCUUAUGGGAUCCCCAACACCAUCCGAUACACCCGACUGGCGUUCCAUGCGACGUGUGGUUAGUGGACGACUUGUCAACGUUUAUUCAGAAAAUGACUCCGUGCUUGCUUUCCUAUACCGAACAAGCAGCCUUCAGUAUGGUGUUGCUGGACUACAACCUAUCGAGAACGUCCCCGGCGUCGAAAAUCUCGAUGUGAGCGAUAUUAUAAGUGGCCACCUCCGCUACCAGUUCCUACUUGGGCGGAUACUACGCACAAUAGGACUAGAGUGUAUCAGCGCCCGGGAAGUCGCACGCGAGGAGCAAGCCUUGGCUAUAAAGGACCGGCAGCAGGAACAGCAACGGAUCCAGAAUGAGCGCCGAGCUGGAAUUGAAGGAGAUAAUGAGGCGGCACGCAGGAAGCUGGAAAGCGGCGAGAUUGCUGUUGAGGAGCAACCUCAGUCCCAGCCACAGCCACAGAUAGAAGCUCGACAUGGCAUCCCACGACGCCCCGUCCCGUUGAAGUCUGUUGAAGAGAACAAAGGGCGAGAGCAGUCCUAG